AGUGGAGCAUGUACUGAUACAGUGUGGACAUUAUUGGAGGGAAAGAGAGAAGAUGAGAUCUAGUAUGAGGGAGAAGGGAUACAGGAAAUAAGUUUAAAGAGUAUAUUGAGUAGAACGUCAUUAGAUAUAGUCUCAAAUAUGUUAUAUUUUUUAAGAGCAAAGGGGCUGGCAGGUAGUAUUUUGUUUUUCCCCGUCUGGCCCACACUCCAGUACAAUAAGUUGCGGUAAUGCAUCAUAACGUUGGAUGCCUAGAUUAACCCCACCGAAGAAGAAGAAGAAGAAGAAGAAGAAGAAGAAGAACGCAUCGAAUUGCCUCCCGCUAUUGCACCCUUCUCAGUCAGGCAAAAUAGAAACAAGCAAAUAGGUUGUUGUUACAUAAACUGUCCGCCAGAGGUCACGUUUCUCCAAGUGAUUCUCACUUGCCGCUCCAGCCCCACACACGCGGAUGAGAAGGCGAUGAGCACCCGAUCAGCAAAACAAAAAAAAGGCUAAAUAACCGGUUUAUAGUGACGAGGGGCUGGCUGGAUUAUCCAACAAUUAGGGACGCGUGUGCGGAUUUUCGCCUUUAAUCACGUUAAUGCGUGAUAUAUCAACAAUAUCAGACACCGGAAAUUGUUGGAUACAUUUUGGAAUCAACAAUAUUUUUAAUCAAUAUUUGAGCAGCCUGAAAGCAGAAUAAUUCGGAUAUUAUGGCACCAGCUCGUUGGCGGCCAUAAAGCUAAAGCAGAGCGUAUUCUGAGCCCAAUGUCUCUUCUCUGGAAGCCCUAGCACCGGUGUUUUCCUCUCCUGUCAGUGGUGGCAUCCCCUGUAGGAGCAUGUCGGCAGCACAAACUCAGAAGGAUAGCGAGGGUCCCUGGGGACUGGAUUCCCUGGGCUUGAGCCAGAGAGAGCUGGUACUGGCUGAAGCCCUACAGAUGGAGUAUGAUGCCCUGUCCAGACUCAAACAGGACAAGGGGGGGGACAACCAGGGGACCAGCAGCCAGGGUGGUGGGAAGGUACCUACCCUACCACCCUGGGAGGGCCAGAGGCAGGUCGAUCGCCCCCUCCCACCCCGCCCCAGCCUUAGUCCUCCUGGAAGGAGUUUGCUAAGAGGAUUAUCUGGCUCAGACCUCUCCCUCCACCACCUCCAGCCUGGGGGGUCCCACUCCCCACAGCCCUCCCCAGCCAGGGCCAGGGAGCCCAUCUACAUCCUGGAUACUCCAGGGAAGGGAGACUACUUGAGUUCCAGCUAUGGGGAGUCAGGGUCUAGCUUUGGUUCUUCUCUGACUCUGCCUAAAGGCUUUCCCCCUCGUCCUGAUGACCCUCCUCCUGCUGUACCCCCCAGGACCCCUCUACUCCCUUCCUCUGAGCCCUUCCUGCCCCCCCGACCCACUACGACUCCCCGAGAUGUCAACCUGUUCACCCCCGAGGUGGACCAGCCCAAACUGUCGUCAGGGGAGACGCUAAACUACGAGAGCCUCAACGACGCUCUCUCCAAGCUCAAUGGGGAUUUGCCAUCGCCAAGGGGUAGGUGGGCCAACGGGGACCAAUCAGGGAAGCCGUUGGCCCGGAGCAAGACGCUCCCCCCUCAGGUGCCACCCCGCACCUACGUACCUAUCCAAAAGAGCAACAAGAACCAGCACAGAGUGUCGGCUGACCCGGUGUCCCUGGGCACCAGGCGCAAUGGUUUUGGCUAUGAGCUCUUCCAGGUGUCAGAGGAGAGAGAUGAGGAGGUGGCCGCCUUCUGCCACAUGCUCGAUGUAUUGCGGUCAGCAUAUCCGUGCAGUGACCAGUCUAAGAACACAGGGUUUGUGUGGACACCCUCAGUGGGGCCUGAAGAGCUGCAACAGGGGUUAGGGGUCAGCGUCAAGGUUACGGUCAUCAGCGACCACUUUAGAGAACCACUCACCUUCACCUGCGAUGGGUCGUCUACCGUAGACCUGUUGAUCUACCAGACGUUGUGUUACGCUAAUGAAGACCUCGACCACAUUGAUGUCGACCACUACCUCCUCAAAAUCUGCGGUCAGGCCGAGUUCCUACAGAAUUCCCAGACAUUGACAGGGUUGGAGCAUAUCCAGCUGUGUGUGAAGUUUGACUGGGACAUUCGCCUCGUCCUCACCAAGAGAGGCUCUGUCAACACAGAACUGGGCCGCACGGAGGAGGAUGAUGAGACGGCCUCUACGAUGAACCACAGCAUCCUGCUGCAGGAGCGACCAAUCAAACAGACAGUUACUAGGGAGGCUUUGACUCUGCUCCUGGACACCUUUCACAACGAGGCUGAGUCCUUUCUUCUAUCAGAGGUGGAGCUUGUGUUGCACGUGGAACGGCUCGUCCAAUCAGUGAAGGCUCUCUGCAGCUCGCUGGCUGCUGUGGAAACGCCUGACAUCACUUCCGCCCUCAACCAGCUUCCAGCAUGCCCCUGUCGUCUGCAGCCCAGAGUCCAGAAGGAUUCAUCAGUGCUGGCCAUCAGAGAGAACAGAGAGAAAGUGGUGGAGAAGCUGACGGUGGCCAUUUUAGAUCUGGUGGAGCUGUACUGCAGCACAUUCAACGCUAACUUCCACACCACGGUGCAGAGCAACCGGCACACGGCGCCCACACAGGAAGCAGGCCUGGUCACCAAUGUCCUAUCCUUCAGCGUCUACGCUGCUCACCGCAUCCCCAUCACAUGGGCGGCCAGCUACGAGGGCUUCUUCCUGUCAGGCUCUCUGACCCAUGGAGGGGCGGAGCUUUGUGCCCCCCAGCACACCAGCAAACAGCAGGUCAGCAAGUACCUGUUUCACCUGGUAGUCUGGGACCAGAGGGUGUGUUUCCCAGUGCAGAUCAACCAGUUGCCAAGGGAGACCCAACUGACAGUGACUCUGUAUGCCAGUGCUCUACCACCCCCUGGAGGAGUGGAAGAGAAGGGUAGUAAGCAGCGUCGCAGCAUCGAAUCCCUGGGCUGGGUCACCAUGCCCCUCUUCAACUUCAGACACAUCCUGACAUGUGGGAGGAAGCUACUGGGUCUGUGGCCUUCCACCCCAGGAAGUAACGCUCGCUCCAGCUUCCCCAACUUCAGCCAGCCUGACAGCAUCAUCCUGCAGGUGGACUUCCCAAUGUCGUCAUUUGAGGUGCUCUUCAGUACCCCCCCUCCUGCAGAGUUCAGUCCCCAGUAUGACUUCUCCAGACUGGACCAGCACAGCCAGAGACAACUACAGGACGUUCUGCACAAGAAGUCACUUUUCUGGUUGACUCCAGAGGACAAGCGUCUGUUGUGGGAGAAGCGUUCGUUCUGCCAGUCAGAGAGUGGUGCCCUGCCCCUGGUGCUGGCUAGUGCCCCCCGCUGGGAGUGGGCAUGUCUUUCAGAUAUUUAUGCCCUGCUCCGUCAGUGGGCAUGUCUCAACCACCACCACGCACUGGGCCUGCUGCAUGCCACGUUUCCUGAUCAGGAGCUGAGGCAUACUGCAGUACAGUGGAUGGACUCUAUCUCUGACCCUGAGCUGCUGGACUUCCUACCACAGCUGGUGCAGGCUCUGAAAUAUGAGUGUUACCUGGACAGCCCGUUGGUACGUUUCCUGCUACGGAGAGCCAUAGGGGACAUGCGCAUCGCACACUAUCUCUUCUGGUUGUUGAAGGACACUCUGCAGGACAGUCAGUUCAGUGGGAGGUACCAGCACCUGUUAGCAGGCCUGCUGUGCUGUGUGGGUCGGGGUCUCAGGGAGGAGUUUGACAGGCAGUGCUGGCUGGUCACCAUCCUGGCUAAAGUAGCCCAACGUGUCCGGGACACCUCUCCCUCCAGCAGACAGGCCAUCCUUCGAGAGGGACUGGAGGAGGUCAGGCAGUUCUUCUCAGUCAGUAGCAGCUGCCGUCUCCCCCUUAACCCUGGCAUGCUGGUCAAAGCCAUCAACAUACAGUUGUGUUCCUACUUCAACUCCAACGCCGUGCCCCUCAAACUGUCCUUCCAGAACCUGGAUCCUCUGGGAGACAACAUCAAUGUCAUCUUCAAGUCAGGUGACGACCUGCGCCAGGACAUGCUGACCCUGCAGAUCAUCCGCAUCAUGAACAAAAUCUGGAUCCAGGAGGGGCUGGACAUGAGGAUGGUCAUCUUCAGAUGUUUUUCUACCGGACGAGGCAGAGGUAUGGUGGAGAUGAUUCCCCAGGCUGAGACUCUGAGGAAGAUCCAGGGGGAACACGGAGUGACUGGUUCCUUUAAGGACCGCCCCCUGGCUGACUGGCUACAGAAACACAACCCCACAGAGGACGAGUAUGAGAAGGCUGUGGAGAACUUUAUCUACUCUUGCGCAGGCUGCUGCGUGGCCACCUACAUCCUGGGUAUCUGUGACCGUCACAACGACAAUAUCAUGCUAAAGACCAGCGGUCACAUGUUCCACAUCGACUUUGGCAAGUUUUUAGGACACGCCCAGAUGUUUGGCAACAUCAAACGGGACCGUGCUCCGUUUGUGUUCACCUCUGACAUGGCCUAUGUAAUCAACGGAGGAGACAAACCUUCCAGUCGUUUCCAUGACUUUGUGGACCUGUGCUGUGAGGCCUACAACCUCAUCCGCAAACACACACAUCUCUUCCUCAACCUACUGGGACUGAUGUUGUCGUGUGGCAUUCCUGAGCUGUCAGACCUGGAUGAUCUGAAGUAUGUCUACGACGCCUUGAGACCUCACGAGUCUGAGGCUGACGCUACAAUGUACUUCACCAGGUUGAUAGAGUCCAGUCUGGGCAGUGUUGCAACUAAGUUGAACUUCUUCAUCCAUAACUUGGCCCAGAUGAAGUUUGCCUCAUCCGAGGAGCAUCCUGUCCUCUCCUUUGCCCCUCGGGUUUACACCCUCAAGACUGAUGGACUCAUCCGCAACCUCUUUGUCUGCCGACACAUACGAACGUACAGCUCCAGCAAAGGAUACGCAUUUGUGGUGAAGGUGGAGCGAGAGGGCCAGCAGGGGUCAGUGUUGGUCCAGAGGAGCUUUGAGGAGUUCUAUGAACUACACAGUAAACUACGCCUCGUCUUCCCCUCAUCCAAACUACCCAGUUUCCCCAGCCGGUUUUUGAUUGGGCGGUCUCGAGGAGAGGCGAUGGCUGAUAGGAGGAAAGACGAGCUCAACGGAUACGUCUGGCAUCUGGUGCACGCUGCGCCCGAGGUCGCCCAGUGUGACCUCAUCUACACUUUCUUCCAUCCUUUGCAAAGAGACGAGAAACCUGGAACAGUGGUGAACACACUGCAGAGCAAACCUGCAGAGAUCUGUUGGGCUCCGGUCUCAGGCAAAGUGGUAGGAGAGGUCAAGCUCUCCAUCUCCUACAAGAGUGACAAGCUCUUCAUCAUGGUCAUGCACAUACGAGGCCUGCAACCCUUGCAGGAAGGGACAGACCCUGACCCCUAUGUCAAGCUGUACCUCCUCCCAGACCCCCAGAAAACCAGCAAGAGGAAGACCAAGGCCGCGCGCCGCACUUGCAACCCCACCUACAAUGAGAUGUUGGUAUAUGACCGUAUCCCUCGUGGAGACCUGCAGCAGAGGGUUAUCCAUCUACGGGUACUCGGGGAUGGUGCAUUCUGGGAAAACACCCUGCUGGGCGAGGCCUUCAUCCCCCUGAAGACUCUGACACCCGGACAGUGCUGGGCAGACUGGCACCAACUGGGCACGCCCAGCACAGACUCCACACACUGAGUGAGAGAGAGGGCGAGAAAUUACUAAUCAGGUUGGCGUGUGUGUGCACGCGCAUAGGUCUGCUCAGUUGUGAGAGUUGGUCUGGUUUAUUCCCCCAAUGGGGGUGUGUGUUGACUCCUAUCAUGUCCAGUGGGGGUGUGUGUUGACUCCUAUCAUGUCCAGUGGGGGUGUGCGUUGACUCCUAUCAUGUCCAGUGGGGGUGUGUGUUGACUCCUAUCAUGUCCAGUGGGGGUGUGUGUUGACUCCUAUCAUGCCCAGUGGGGGUGUGUGUUGACCCCUAUCAUGCCCAGUGGGGGUGUGCGUUGACUCCUAUCAUGUCCAGUGGGGGUGUGUGUUGACUCCUAUCAUGCCCAGUGGGGGUGUGCGUUGACUCCUAUCAUGUCCAGUGGGGGUGUGUGUUGACUCCUAUCAUGUCCAGUGGGGGUGUGUGUUGACUCCUAUCAUGCCCAGUGGAGGUGUGUGUUGACUCCUAUCAUGCCCAGUGGGGGUGUGUGUUGACUCAUAUCAUGUCCAGUGGGGGUGUGUGUUGACUCCCAUCAUGCCCAGUGGGGGUUUGUGUGUUGACUCAUAUCAUGUCCAGUGGGGGUGUGUGUUGACUCCUAUCAUGCCCAGUGGGGGUGUGUGUUGACUCAUAUCAUGUCCAGUGGGGGUGUGUGUUGACUCCCAUCAUGCCCAGUGGGGGUUUGUGUGUUGACUCCUAUCAUGCCCAGUGGGGGUUUGUGUGUGUGUGUCUGUAGACUCACCGACGUUCAAUCGUCACUGGACACUGUAUCCAUGGGACUGUACUAUGUGGACCUAUUGUUAGCCAGGCUGGCCUCUGACCACCAUAAAAAGGGAUAACUACGGACCAUGUGACCAGGAGGGAAGAUUACCAAUCUGUAUCUCUGGUGACUCUGACUACCAGAAUACCUUUCUCUGGUAACAACAUGGCCUCCCAAGACCAGAUCAUGAGGACCUAUUGAAGGAAGCAGAAGGCAUUGCUACUCAUUGAUAACAACCAACAGGUUUUGAGAAGGAGGUGAGGAAAGAGGACGAGGAGUAUGCAAUGGAUAUUCUCCCAUGGACCACAUCUUUAUUUAGGGCCAACAGAUAACCGUCCGUCUUAUCGCCUGAUGUAAAAGACUUUGAAACAGUUUUAGUCCCCUUGAAAGUAAUUUCUUUAAAAAGAAAACCCUAAGUUAUUUAUUUUUCAAAUGGGACCCUUCUGUUAAUGCAGCUCCAUGUUGAGCUCUGUUUGGUUGUGUGGUAUAUGUAUAUUUUAAUUUCUGUGUACCACAGAUUUAUGUAAAUUGUGAUAUGUGAAUUAUAUUGGGUCAGUUUUUCUGAUUUGAGAGAGGGAAUGAAUGCUUUUGUACCCUAACACAUUAUGGUGUGGGUCUACCCUAACACAUUAUGGUGUGGGUCUACCCUAACACAUUAUGGUGUGGGUCUACCCUAACACAUUAUGGUGUGGGUCUACCCUAACACAUUAUGGUGUGGGUCUACCCUAACACAUUAUGGUGUGGGUCUACCCUAACACAUUAUGGUGUGGGUCUACCCUAACACAUUAUGGUGUGGGUCUACCCUAACACAUUAUGGUGUGGGUCUACCCUAACACAUUAUGGUGUGGGUCUACCCUAACACAUUAUGAUGUGGGUCUACCCUAACAUAUUAUGGUGUGAGUCUACCCUAACAUAUUAUGGUGUGGGUCUACCCUAACACAUGAUGGUAUGGGUCUACCCUAACACAUUAUGGUAUGGGUCUACCCUAACACAUGCUAACAUGCUUUUGUACCCUAACACAUUAUGGUAUGGGUCUACCCUAACAUAUUAUGGUAUGGGUCUACCCUAACAUAUUAUGGUAUGGGUCUACCCUAACACAUUAUGGUAUGGGUCUACCCUAACACAUUAUGGUAUGGGUCUACCCUAACACAUUAUGGUAUGGGUCUACCCUAACACAUUAUGGUAUGGGUCUACCCUAACACAUGAUGGUAUGGGUCUACCCUAACACAUUAUGGUAUGGGUCUACCCUAACACAUGCUAACAUGCUUUUGUACCCUAACAUAUUAUGGUAUGGGUCUACCCUAACAUAUUAUGGUAUGGGUCUACCCUAACACAUUAUGGUAUGGGUCUACCCUAACACAUUAUGGGAUGGGUCUACCCUAACACAUUAUGGUGUGGGUCUACCCUAACACAUUAAAGACUCUUUUUAGUCCACUCAGUCAGUGACUGUAGCUACUCUACUGUAGAACUUGUAGGACUGUGCGCUGUGUGUUUGUCUUCCAUUGUUUAGUAGCUGUUGUUAUCCAAGCUGUACCUAAGCUUAAUUUGCCUAUUUGAUAAUCGCUAUUUGCAUUUCAAAUUGCUUUCAAAUGUCUAUUUUUUGCUUUUAUCAAUGCCUUCACAAAUAUUUUUUGAAUUAGUGCUUCUACACAACACAUACGUGGAUGUUGGGAAAAUCUAACUGUUUGAUGGUGCCAGAGAUGUACUGUAUAUCACAAAGAAAAUGCUCUUUCAAACACAAACUGAAACACCAUUUAACUGCACCAUUCAACUGCACCAUUCAACUGAAUCCAGUGGACAUAUUGCACUUGGAUUUAUUUCUCAUGCAUUUUUCACUUACAUUGGACUUUCAUGUUGUUUCAAACUACAAAGGGAUCCUGCCUAUGUAUUAUCCAGUACUGUAGCUAUAAUAGAAAACACAACAGCACACUGACAGGAUAAGUGCAAAACAAGGAUUGUGUGUGUGAUUUCAUACAUACCAGGAAAACUAACCUCAACUACAUGUACCUACUACAUGUACCAACUACAUGUACCUACUACAUGUACCAACUACAUGUACCUACAGCAGCAUUGCUCUACUCAUUUGUAUCUUGUCUUUGGGAAGUUCUGGGGUGUUGCACUGCAGUCUUUUUUUUGGAAGUGAUUUCUCAUUUUCUUCUGUAAGAGGCUUACACACUGGCCCUGUUUCACUCUGGCAGACAGACACUGUGACCUCUAUGAAUGUAAAAAGUCAAUUUUCAUUGGAGUAAAAUGCUUGUGGGCAGUGUACUAUAUCCACACAGAAUCAAUGUCUUAAUUCACAGGUGAGAGGGAAAGGUCAAGAUUAACUCAUGAAUUAGGCCUAGGAGUUUUGACCUGACCAAGAAAUGACCUGAUCAUGAACAAUUGCCAAUACCUAGGACCAGAUUUAUUCCUGGUCAAAGUCACUUGGUCUGGGAAAAAAAACAACUUCUGUGUGGCUGUGAAGGAAGUUUCUCAAGUGGAGCAGUUAUUGGUAAGAUAUCAUAACAUCUUGGUGUCUGAUGUUUUCAGGACACAAUACAAUUACAGACAGGCUAAUACAGGUUAAGGCUGGCUUUCACAGGUGCUGAAAUGUAACAUGUAAAAUGUUAUAUUUAGAUACUAUUUGGUUUGGUUUCCUUUGACAUCACAUACUGUUCAGCAUACUCUGCCUAGGAGUUACUGACCAGUUCACCAGCCCUGUACAGGUAUUUAUUAAUUUAUGUCUGAUUUAGCACAUGAAGAAUUUAUAUCUCUGAAGAUGUUUAUUUGCCAGUUCAUUCAUGAUUCAUAAAGAGCACAGUUUUAGAAACAGGGAUAGGUAGUCUGAACAGGUGUGUGUUGAAUGACUAGAGGUUAGCCUCCCUUGGGCUAAAGAGCAGUAAUCAAACAGCACUGGUAUGCCUAACCCGGAACAACCAGUUUAACCACUGAACUCAUUCAAAAACAACACUUUAUUUGACUGCCUUUUGAAUGUGUCUGGUGGAUAUCUGCUUCUUUCUGUUUGAUUUCUAGAACAUGAACAACAUUUCCUCUGAGUUUCACAGCAGUCUGGAUGGCUGCACUGUAGCUUUAGGCUCUGCAGUGUGAAGUUACAAGGAAAACUAUAUGAUUGAAAGAUUACUUUCUCCAUGUUGAGAGUGUAGGUGUUUGUUGUGUGCUAUAAAGCUGAUGACAGACAUUGAAGUGAAAGUGUCUGAUUUAUUUUGUGUGUGUCAGUUGUACCACUUUGGGGGAAAGGAGGCUUCCUCCUUGUCUCCUUUCCUUUCUGGUCUUGAUACUGUAGCUAAGAGGAGAGUCAUAUAGCUCUGGAUCUCUAUACAGUAUAUUACUCUGGGUAAAAGGGAUAUGAUCAAAAUAUUGCUCUUGCCUCAUGUUUAAAUACAGACCCGUGAUUAUGAAUGGAAGGAGACUGGGACAGGGGUUCAUUUGAAGGCAUUGGGACUCCCAAACCUAGCCCCGAGCCCUUAGCACCUAGCUGAUAUGUACUAAGUGUAGACCUGAAAGGAUAUGAAGCAAUAUGGUGAUAAUUUCACCUAGUUUACCAGGAGGUACCUGUCUAAAUAUUUUAGAUCUAUGUGAAGUGCCUAUCUGGUAGAGGCUAGGGGUAGGGGUCUAUUUGGGACUGGGUACGGGUUUUACCUGGUCAAGGGACUGAACUCUGACCUCUGUCAUCCUGGGAAAAUGGGACAGAAUGUACAUUUUUAAAAUGAACUGGAUCUUGUGUACUGUAAAUACAGAGAAUAUCAUUAAUGUGACCUAUUUCUUUAAUUCAGUAUAUAGUUCUAGUUGUUGUUUUCUUAAUUUUUGACCAUGUUAUGUAAUAUAAUUUGCACUAAAUAACAAAAUAAACUUGAAUUGAAAAGA